AUGCACUUGAAAACCCUCUUCCUUGCCCUCGUGGCAGCCACCACAGCACUCGCCCUGCCGCUUGCCAAGGCUAAUCCAGGCGACGAUGACAACCUUUGUCUAGGCUCCUCAUUCAGCCCGACGAACUGCAACAGCCCCGGGGCAGACAGCAUCAACCUGGAUCCAACCAUUGAUAUCUCCCCUACAAUCGUGGCUCGAGCUCCUGAGCCAGCACCAGCACGAGAACUCAACGGACGCGAUGACUGCAUUGGCUCAUCCUUCAGCCCUACCAACUGCGACAGCCCCGGAGCGGAUAGCAUCAACAUCAGUCCUGACAUCGAUGUCUCGCCGACUGUGGAUGUUUCUGGAGUUACUGAUGCCGUGACGGAUAUUGUGUCGGAUAUCACGGCAUGA